CUGUGUUACUCAGGGUCCAUAUAUACCGUGCCUCACUGUAAUCUCUUCUUCUGUAUUGUGGUGUGGUGUUUCUCUCUGGAACGCGGAACAUAGGAUCAACAAAUAAUAAUUAGGGAAAUCACGAAACAAGGUUUUGUUUCUACGACAAUCGAUCAUUGAUGGAGUUUGCGGUUGAUGGCUCUAUCAAUGGCGAGACAUCCGGAAAUGCUGCUAUUGGUGAGGUCAGCAGUAUAGCUGAUGAAAACAGAGCUGGAGGAAGUUCUGCUGAACCUUACAAACAAGAUCAAGAUGAUAAUGUGACUCGAGAUUCUUCUGGAGGAGAAACUAUACCAUCAGCAGUUCCUGCCGUAUCACUUGCAUCUGUUGAUGAGCCCUAUGUGGGUCUGGAGUUUGAUUCGGAAGCAGCAGCACAUGCAUUUUAUAAUGCAUAUGCCACUCAAGUUGGAUUCAUCAUACGCGUAAGUAAACUCUCACGAUCAAGGCGUGAUGGAACUGUUAUUGGACGGGCUCUAGUUUGCAACAAAGAGGGUUACAGAAUGCCUGACAAGCGUGAAAAGAUUGUAAGGCAAAGGGCAGAGACAAGGGUUGGUUGCAGGGCAAUGAUCUUGGUGAGGAAAGUUAGUUCUGGUAAAUGGGUUGUUACAAAGUUUGUAAAGGAGCACACACAUCCUCUGAGUCCUGGAAAAGGUAGAAGGGAUUGCGUAUAUGAACAAUAUCCGAAUGAGCACGAUAAAAUUCGGGAACUUUCUCAGCAGUUGGCAAUAGAGAAGAAGCGUUCUGCAACUUAUAAAAGACAUCUUGAAUUGAUAUUUGAUUACAUUGAUGAGCACAAUGAGAGCCUUUCAAAGAAAAUACAGCACAUUGUAGACAGUGUGAAGGACAUGGAAACCAAAGAAGAGUAGAGUCACUGAUAGGUUGAGCUUUCAAUUAUCUUAUCAUUUUCCACUGCAUGAAAUAUGGAAUCAAACUAUCAGUGUCCAAAAGUGCUGUGAGAUGAAGCAUGCAAUGAUAUCUGAGAACUGCUGACCUUUGGGUAUCUGCUUUGUUCCUCUUCUUCAUGGAAGAGUUUGAUACAAUGGAAUUCAUUGUAUUGAUUUUUAUGCUGUAGUAUUUUUCAGUUGGUAGAAGAAAUUAGUUCAGUGAAUGUAUAGGUCCUUUUUUAGUCCAUUCUUGUGAAGUGUUAGCUAACAAUAUGAUAAAUCAUAACAGGCAUUCAGAUGCCUUGAUAGACUUUAAUUAUUCGGUUGUUGACUCUGAUCCAGGGCUGUCUCCUGUGUAUAGAUUCAAAUAAUGACUAGUAAGUAGCCUGUGCAAUGCAAAGGUUUUUUCUUUUCAA